GCAUGCUCUGAGCGUCAGUUUCACAAAUCAGUUCAUUCCACCUGUGCGCACCGGUAAAAAAGGAAAAGACGGACUCUGCUCUUUCAUUCUAACGGAUUUCAGAGCGUUAGAAGAAGCAGGAUUAAGCUUUUACACCUGAAACUUGGUGUCUACUCUAAUUUUCUUUAUUUCUUCUCCUGUUUUGGUUGCUGCUCACAUGGAGACUGCAUUCUGCUAGAAUUGACCUGCAACAUGCUCUGUUUCUCACAGCUGCUUCUACAUACAAUAACCAGCAACCAGUUUUGAACAACAAGCUUUAACACCUCAGAUCCAACUCAGCGGUCUUCCUCUCACUGAUGGCUGGAUUCUUCCAGCAAUUACGACUCCUUCUUUGGAAAAAUGGCCUGGGAGUCAUCAGGCAGCCGGGCUGGUCUCUGGUUCUCCUCAUCUGGCCUGUAGUCAUCUUCAUCAUCCUAGCAAUCACCCGCUCACAAUUUCCUCCAGUACUCAAAGACACAUGCUAUGUGGCCCCGAGGAACCUCCCAAGCGCAGGGUUCUUCCCUUUCUUACAGACUCUCAUGUGUAACACUGACAGCACCUGCUCCAAUAAAUCCUACCUCCAGGACUCCAAAAGUCUUCGGCAACGCAGGGACUUAAGAUCACAGAGUUCUCCAUUAUUACCAUUAUUUCAUCAUGGUUUGCCCCAUUUACCCAAACUGGAGAAGUUUGGUUUGGUCCACAGGAUCAUGAAGAGAGACACUUCGAACCAGACACAGAUCCCUCAGCAGUGGGAUACAUGGCUGAAUUCCAGCGUUCAGGCCUCACAAAACCUCACUAUGUCCAUCUUGGAUGCCAUAAACAACACCUUAAUGCUUGACCAGGACGUCUUGAGCUCCAUCCUGUACUCCACGGACACCCUGAAAACGAUAUUCUGCGACAUUUCCAUGUCUAAACUGUCUACCAGCAAUCAGCUCACCUCGGCGUUGACGCAUUUCUGCACCUCCAACGACACGGCGCUGGAAGUUUCCCUCUCCUCGCUGAACCAGUUAAUGGCACAGAUGGUCCUCCAAGAUCCAAUAAAAUUCAUCGAGGCGAUGGAAAUAUCUGUGGAAACGAUGGACCAGCUACAGACACAAUCUCCAGUCUGGGACUUCCUCCUAGGGUUGCCAGAUAUAUUCCUGAAAUCCACCAAUCAGGGAAGGAUCAUGGUUCUAGCUGAGAAACUUAAGGGGAUGAAACAGGCCCUGAACUCAAUCCAGGGCAGCUUCCAGCAGGCUAACAGUUCCAUGGACACGCUGUAUCCCGUCAUCGAUGAAAGCAUUGAGCUCCUUAACUACCUCCACACCUGGGAAGGCAGAAAUGUAAACAUCUCCCUGGCUGCUGUGCUGGUCCCGUACAACAUGUCUGAAAUCAGCUCUGAAAUGGUCACAAUUAUCCAAGAUCUGCAGGUUCCUCUGGAUAAGGUUCUGGUAUUGUUCAAUCUGAGCGCCUUUUCUGAGUUUGUAUGCACCAGCAGGUUGUUCUGUGACAGCUCGCAGCUCGAUGCCAUCUAUGGACUAAUUGACCAUGAGAAAGUUGCUCUGCAGGUGCUGUUGGCCUGGAGUCAGUCUGCAACUUCUCCACAGGAUCUUGCCUUCACGAAAGAUUUUUUGGGAAAAUUCUUUGGUGGCGUUUUUCUGGGGGAAUCAAAUACAGGCUCCGAGAACAGCGCCGGCCAGCCGGAGACAAUGCAGGAGCAAAUCUUCCUAAGCAUUGGUAAUGCAGUGAUGGGCGUACUGAGUGGAACACCAAGCUGGGAUUACCUUCAAAACCUCUUGAUGGGAACUCAUUCCUCCAUGCAGUUUGCCACAGCAGUACUAGACACACAGCAGGACUAUAUCCAACCCCUGCUGCAAAAUCGAUACAAUCUCCAGUCAACCAUUGUGUCUCUCAUACAGAAUGAAAUCGCAGAGGGUAAUGAGACACGUUGGUUGGAUGUGGGACAAAAGCUCAAUCACUUAUCCAGUGUAUUUAAUGGCACUUUGGUGUACAGUGUCACCCCCACUAUGAUCCUGGCUGAAUGGCACAGGUUACACAGCACUGCGCUACAGUACAGUGACUCUUUCAAGGACAUUGUUGCGCUCAUCCAAGACACACUUUUCAAUCAAAUCCCACACAACUCAACCAUCGACUGGUCUGAGAUCCUUCUAAACAGUAGUUUUGAGGAGUUCGCAAUGAUAGGGUCAGUACUUCAGAACAGCAGUCAGUGGUCGACCAUGGAGCCGUACUUCCAAGUAGCAUACUGGGUCAUGACCUUUGAACCUAAUAUCACCGGACCACCAAAUUGUACUUUCACCCCAAAUGAUACUAUCUGUAACACUGUAUUUACAUGGGAGGAAUUUGUUCCAAUGGUUGGAUCUUUAAUCCAGGAAAUCAAAAAGAAUCCAGCUGCCCUUCUGAGGCUUAUCCAGGGAGCAGCAUUCCUACUGAAAGGCAUCAUAACAGACACCUACAUGAGUCAUCUACCGGAAUUUCUUAAUAACACCGGGCAUUUUUUUGCUGAUGGGUCACCAAAUAACAUUUCAUCGAACCUCACUGAUUUGGUCAACCAGAACCUACAGCUUCUCUUGAAUAACCCACCAACUAAUGAGCUAGAUGAAGACACCUUGCUUGCCAUGUUGGGUGACACAUUGAAAACCUUUGGCCUGGGAGAGUUGGGGAUUCUCUGGUCGGGGAGCUUGAACUACAGUCAACCCAAGUCAGUGGUUAUGAACAUUCUCCAUAUGAUGAGUUCAGCAUCUGAUCAGAUGUUUCACAAUAAGGGACAAUUUGCCAUCAUUUGCAAUAUCUUGCAAGAACUUGAAGAACGUUUGGCUCCUAAACAGCAGAUACAACUUGAAGGUGUUUUCAACCAUACAAAUGCUCUGUUUGAAGACUUAGCAUUGUGUGCAGCAAGUGGUCAGGACUGCCUCUCUGAUGUUUCACACCUUUUUCAGAUGCUUUCUUUGCUUGAAGAGUUGAAAGCAGUGGGAGACGUUGCCAAUUUUACCAUGAUGCCCAUCAAAAGCAAUAUGACCUUCUCUGUUGCAUUGCAUUUGUUUUACCUUCUUCUACCCCGAAACAUAUCAGAAUAUUCUGCAUAUUCAAUGGACAAUGUCAGUGAGAUUAUUAAUCUUCUUGAGCAGUUAUAUAACUCCCACAAUAUCAGCCUUCAAAACAUUUUAGAAGAGCUUCAAGCCUUAAAUUUCACAGUGUCAGAUCUAGAACAAUUUGAACACCUAUUAGAAAAUGUUUCCCUGCCUCUGCUACUUUCAAAGCUUAUGGAGCUUGUAAACAUCUCAUACUGCAUGAACCCAGUAUCUUAUAUAAAUUCCACAGUGCCAAAAUGUACCAUGCAGGUUAUUGAGGGGUUAACUGGUUUCCUUCAGGCCAUACCUAUGUUGGAAGACUUCCAUGAGGAUGCUUCAUCUUUUCUAAAUAUGGCGUUGGAUCAUGUAAUGGAGUUAAGUAACAUUUCUAGCCUACAGAGUGAUCUGCCUGUGUCUGGGGUCUUGAACUCGACUCAUGUCAACUCUGUAAUUAUGUAUAUUCUCAAUAUGUUAAGGCCGGAAUCCAUUCAGAUGUUUCAAACUAAGGGACACUUUGCAGUCCUGUGUAAGAUCUUGCAAGAACUUGGAGAACGUAUGGCUCCUGAGCAACAGAUACAACUUGAAGGUGUUUUCAACCAUUCAAAUGCAUUGUUUGAAGACUUAGCAUUGUGUACAGCAAGUGGUCAGGACUGUCUUUCUGAUGUUUCACACCUUUUCAGAUGCUUUCUUUGCUUGAAGAGUUGA